UGCAUGUUUUGAAGCCCAUGCUUCGGGAUCUAAAGACCCAGAUCCUACUAGCAGAAAUGUUAUAAUGAUGAUAUCAGAGAGAGAGAGAGAGAGAGAGAGAGAAAUCAGAGAGAGAGAGAGAGAUAUGAGAGAGAAAGCUUUUCUUGGCACAAGCUGAUGCCUUAAAAGGAGAGGAAUGGGAACAAAGGUACCCAAUGCAAGCAGAUACUACACAAAGGGAGGGAGGGACGACGGGUAAAGCGAUGAAGCCUUAUGGGCAACUCCAUUUCUCUAACCCGAUAGAGCUUCCAUUGGUGGGGCGUGUGUUCUUGAGAGAUUCUAAAAGCUCACCACCAUAGAGCUAUACUAGUGCGACGACCUUUUCUUUUUUUCUCCCCCUCUUGGAAGUAGCAUCGAUCGAUUAAGAUCCCCUUUACAAGCACCAUGAUGGCAGCUUCGUCCUCCUCCUCCAACCUCAGUGAUCAUCUCGUGCAAGAUGACCUCCCAUGGCCUGCUUCUUCUUCUUCCUCCUCCCUGCAGCCAUUUGCUCCAGCUCCUCACCAUCACAGCGCCAUUUUUGGAGGCAACCAGCUAUGGUGCCAGCAACCCCUAACCCUAAACUGUGCUGAUCGUCAUCACUGCGAGGAGCUUGAGGUGCUCCUGUCAGCACAAGGCGGCCACCAUCACAGUCACAGCAUCAGCCAUCAUUCUCCAGUGAUCUCUCCCCAGCUCAGCUCUCUACUAAUGAUGCAAGACCUAGGGUUCCAAUGGAGCAACUGCGGAAACAGCUUCGUAGACACCUCGUCGUCGUCCAUGCCGCCCAUGAACGGCCAGCAGCACGAUAACUGUCACAACAAGAUCAAGGACAACUCAUCAAGGUCAUCGUGUGCGAGCACAGCUAUAGCAGCUUGCCAUGAUGAUAUGGUCCUCGAUGGCGGCGGCGGCGGCGGCGGCCUCCCUGCCAUGGCCGUCGCCGCCGACCUUGACGGCGCCACCGCCGUGCUCCCGAGCGUCAACAUCUCGCGGACGCCGACGCCGACGCCGCCGCACCAGAGGCUGUUCCAGCUGGCGGCGCCGCCACCUCUGCCGGGCGACGCGUUCGAGAUACUGGCUUCGUCGAGGCUGUGCAAGACCCUGCUGCUUAGCCAAGCUUCUUCAGUACUGCUCCAUAAUGGCAUGGUGCCUUUGUUGAGAUCAGAGCAUGUGCCCUAUGGCCCUCCUGCUGGUGCUGCUCAUCCCCAUGGACCAUCCAUUGACAACUACAAGCAGAUGGGUGCGUCGUCGUCUUGUGUGGAUGCUGCGGGAGGAGGCCGCCAUUGGAGCGCGGAGCACGACGCGGCGUGUCAAAGCAGGGCAGCAGCAGCAGCAGCAGCAGCACGCCCGGUGCCGUCGUCGCAGCUGGCGCCGUCGUCGAAGAAGCCUCGAGUCGAGCAGCGGUCCUCCUCCUCCACCACCAUCGUCCCUUCUUUCAAGGUAAGGAAAGAGAAAUUAGGGGACCGAAUCGCUGCUCUUCAGCAGCUCGUCUCACCAUUUGGCAAGACUGAUACCGCAUCUGUACUCAUGGAGGCCAUUGGUUACAUCAAAUUUCUUCAAGAUCAAGUCGAGACUUUGAGCCGCCCCUACUUGAAAUCCUCCAGAAGUAAGAAGCCCAAGCCGACACAGCGGGGGUGUUCAAACGCGAAUGCUGCUGGGGAGCAGGAGGAGACAAGGCUUGACCUCCGCAGCAGAGGGCUCUGCCUGGUGCCUCUGUCGUGCACGUCGUACGUGACCAACGAGAAUGGAGUCUGGGUGCCACCAAAUUUUAGGGGAAACUAGGUCAUGUCAGCUAGUACUAGAGACACAACACAGCAGUGUACCACGAACUAAUCCACGGUUAAUCUCAGUUCAUCGACGGUUAAUAUCAGCUCUCUGGGCAAAAAGACAUCCUCUGCUCUUGUGUCUGUCUAUUUGGCGCCUUCAGUUUUUUUUGCUUAGCCGUAAAUACCAGUCAGUACAUGUACAAUCUCUUCUCCUUCAGAUAGUCACACAGGCAGAGCGACUGGAGAUGAUUUACAAACA